AGAUAGCUAUGGCAAUAAGGCUAACCCUUUUCCCGGUUACAGCUACACCGCCGUCAUCUCUCUGCUCCUUCAAUCUCCUUCCUCGUUCGCGUCACUUAGCUUAUUUUUCAUCAUCUUCUUCUUCUCUAUCUGGUGUGUUGAGAGCAACGACUAAGAGACUUUCUUUUGCAACCAGAUCAAAGUCAGUAACAACCAUGGCAGCUAGUCAAGAAUUCACGGGGAAUCUAAAACAUGAGGUUGAGAAGCUCUUUGCUGAGUCUCUUAGAUUAACGGUUCCUGAUGGAACUAGUGUUGACACCGAAGUUGCUGCCUCUCUUCCUGGAAAACCUGGAGAUUACCAAUGUAACAAUGCAAUGGGUCUAUGGUCCUUAAUUAAAGGAAAGGGUACUCAGUUCAGGGGUCCUCCAGCUGUUGGUCAGGCUAUUUCGAAGAAUCUACCUGCUUCUGAGAUGGUGGAAACUUGUUCUGUAGCUGGCCCUGGGUUUGUUAAUCUUGUACUAUCAAGCAAGUGGAUGGCUAAGAGUAUUGAAAAAAUGCUUGUCGAAGGAAUUGAUACAUGGGCGCCUACUCUUCCAGUUAAGAGAGCCGUGGUUGAUUUUUCAUCUCCUAACAUUGCUAAAGAAAUGCAUGUUGGUCAUCUGAGAUCAACCAUCAUUGGUGACACGCUAGCUCGCAUGCUCGAGUUCUCAAAAGUUGAAGUUCUACGAAGAAACCAUGUUGGUGACUGGGGAACACAGUUUGGCAUGCUCAUUGAGUACCUGUUUGAGAAAUUUCCUGAUACCGAGAGUGUGACUGAGACAGCCAUUGGAGAUCUUCAGUCGUUUUACAAACAAUCAAAGACUAAAUUUGAUAAUGAUACGGACUUCAAGGAAAAGGCACAGAAGGCUGUUGUCCGUCUACAGGGCGGAGAUCCUAUCUACCGCAAGGCUUGGGCUAAGAUUUGUGAAAUCAGCCGAACCGAAUUUGCCAAGGUUUACCAGCGCCUUAAAGUUGAGCUUGAAGAAAAGGGUGAAAGCUUUUACAACCCCUAUAUCGCCAACGUAAUUGGGGAAUUGGAUAGCAAGGGGUUGAUUGAAGAAAGUGAGGGUGCUCGUGUGAUUUUCCUCGAAGGCUUCAACAUCCCACUCAUGGUUGUAAAGAGUGACGGUGGUUUUAACUAUGCCUCAACUGAUCUGACUGCUCUUUGGUAUCGGCUUAAUGAAGAGAAAGCUGAGUGGAUUGUAUAUGUCACCGAUGUUGGUCAGCAGCAACAUUUUAAUAUGUUCUUCAAAGCUGCGAGAAAAGCAGGGUGGCUUCCAGAGAGUGAUAAAACUUACCCUAGAGUUGACCAUGUUGGUUUUGGUCUCGUCCUUGGGGAUGAUGGCAAGCGAUUUAGAACUCGAUCUUCAGAUGUAGUUCGCCUAGUUGAUUUGCUAGAUGAGGCUAAGACGCGCAGUAAAACGGCCCUUAUUGAGCGUGGUAAGGACAAAGAAUGGACUGCGGAGGAGCUAGACCAGACAGCUGAGGCAGUUGGCUAUGGUGCGGUGAAGUAUGCUGAUCUGAAGAACAACAGAUUGACAAAUUAUACUUUCAACUUCGAUCAAAUGCUUAGUGACAAGGGAAAUACAGCUGUUUACCUUCUUUACGCUCAUGCUCGGAUUUGUUCAAUUAUCAGAAAGUCUGGCAAAGACAUUGAUGAACUAAAGAAGACAGAAAAGCUAGCAUUGGAUCAUCCUGAAGAACGAGCACUUGGGCUUCACUUGCUUCGAUUUGCAGAGACGGUGGAGGAAGCUUGCAGCAACUUGUUGCCAAACGUGUUGUGUCACUACCUCUACGAUCUAUCUGAACGCUACACGUCCUUCUACUCCAUUCAUCAGGUCAUUGGUUCAAAGGAGGAGGCAAGCCGUCUCCUACUUUGUGAAGCGACGGCUGUAGUAAUGCGGAAAUGCUUCCACCUUCUUGGAAUCACCCCUGUUUACAAGAUUUGAUGCCAUCACUAUCACAAUUAAACUACUCAAAAAGACAAAGUACUAUCUGUUUUGGCUUUUUUUUUUCUGUACAACUAGUGAGAAAGGAGUUUUAACUCUAAGUUAUCAUUUAUCUUGGGCGACCUUGUAUACAAAUGAUUACAAUGUUAAAACUGAAUCUGAAAGUUUGUUUCGUCAUGUCAUUGAACUUAAUUUAGUUGGAUCAUGAAAGAGUUUUUGAGGUUCUUGUGGCUUUCAUGGAGAUUGUAGUAUUGGGUCGAUAUAGCCUUUUGCAAGUCUGAUUCAAUUGUCCUUCGGAGAUCCUGCAUGUCUUCAUUCUUGGUCUUCUCUUGACAAGAUCGGUAAGGCAUGUGACAUUUGCUAGAGAUGUGAAUGACUCAGAUUUGCCUUUGUAAUACUUCGAAAGUCCUUUCUUCUCACGGCUGUUUAACAACAACACAACCAAAAAAAAUAAACUGUGAUCAAUCAAAGAGGAUACGCAUAAAGAGAUGCUUCUCUGAUCCUCAGAUGAAUAUAUUUUAAGAAUACUAUAUAUUAACCCCCUUAUAUUGAUCAUACAAGAAGCACCAAUCAUUCUCUAUGGAUUAUUAUUUGUGUUCUUUAUACAACCUGGAAAGUAAAAAGGGUUACAUGAAGGGAACAGAGUCAUUACAUGGUCGGUAGCUGAGAGAUGAGGUCUGAUAAAUCGUCAAAAGCUCCGUUAGAAGAGAAAGAAGAGGAAGGGUCCUCUGUUGAAUCAGAUGAAUCUUUUGCAGAGGAUCUUGAAACUCCUUCAACAACAUCUUCUUCAUUAGUUGUCCAAAUGAAACCACCAACGUGAAUGCUCAUCUUUUUUUUUCAGUUAUGUUUGUUAUCUGAUUUUCUUUUUUCAAGGAAAACAAGAAAAGGUUUCUUGAACAAUAAUUAAGAACAUAAACUAUAGAGUUCUUGUCAAGAUGUUUCCGUUUUGCUCU